AUGUCGAGCUGGGUCGCAUUGAACGUUGAGCCUGAUGAGGCGGUCGAAGAGGAGGUCGACGACACAAAGGAGCUCCAGAUCGAGGAAGCUUUGAAGCUAUACCACGGCGCCUUGAAAUUACACGCGCAAGGUCCAGCAUUUUACUCCCAGGCAGCUGAAGCAUAUGAAGCUCUUCUGAACUCCGAGAUCUUUAAAUACCCAGAAUCUAUCUCCGAUUUCAAACGAGGCGCAUUCGAGGAUGCGCAAACCCAAGAGACCUCGGAUGAAGCCGCAGAACCGAUCGGCGAGUUCAAUGUCAACGACUCUACCUCCAGCCUAUUCCAAACCCUUUACCUCUCCUACAAAAACCACGGCAAAUAUAUCCUCGAUGCAGCCCAGGAAUCCAUACAAACAGCACCGAAGACACCCGAGUCCGAGAGGGAAUCGAAAAAGACGUUGACGGAGGCGUCAAGGAAAGCGCUGCAAUCAUUCGGAGACGCCUUGGAGCGAGAUGACUCAGACUUGAAUCUCUGGAGGCAAAGUGCGAGACUCAGCAGCGCCUUGCAGAGCCAUCGCUUGUCGCGGUACUGCUUGGAGAGCGUACUAGCGGAUGAUGACAACCGCCUGGAAUUACGUGCAGAGCAGCUCGGUUUGGAGGAAAUAUUUGCAGAGCAACGCCUUCGAAGCACCCUAGAGGCCCUUUUCGACAAGUUGUCUGCCUCGCAGAUUCCAGUCAAAAGACCCAAGAAGGCUUUAUUGAAGUAUUUAAAACAGCAUGAGGAUCCUUACCCAAACCUGCCUACAAUGCCGGCCGAUUUAAAGAGAAUCGAUUCUUCCAAGGGACCGCUCGCAAUACAAACUUCCAUCAGAUAUAUCACACCCGCAGCUCUGACAUGGGAAGCAGUUGGAAAGGCACUUCUCCAAGCCCUCGAUGAAGAUGAUGAGGCAUCACUUUCCGCUGUUCCGAGUCGGUCAAUCGGUAUUUCUCUUCCAACAAGAGGCUCGCAUGCUCCUGAAACACCUACCACAAAGCCCGAGGACGUGAUGAUGACCGUGGAACACGAUGGGCACGAAAAUAUUGUUGAAGAUAAUGAGGUUGAAGCUGAACUUCUUCAAACAAUGGACCAGGAGAAAACCCCCGAAGAACCCGAACCGGAACCCGCGCAAACCAAACAGGCCGCGGAACCAGUCGAGGAAUCUUCAAACUUCGAUCAGAGCGCUGAAAAGCAAUUGAUGGAAUCACUAGAUUGUCAGUCAGCACAACCUUUGGAUCAACAAGCUGAAAAUGACGAGGCAAAUGCUGAGGACCUUGAUCCAAGCUCUGCAGCCGCUCGUAAAAGAUCCUCUGCAUCCGCUGCUAACGAGGAGCCCGAGGGAGGACGAAUGAAAAGCAGACGGACACGUGCCCGAGAAUCAAAUGCCGACGCCUUGGUAGUGCCCGAGGAAAUCGCCUUUGAUCAGGAAAAGUACUACGAAAACCGCCUCGAGGUUUUCGUUAUCGCUGAUGACUGGAUGUUCAGCACCAUUGACUCCCUGUUUUCGAAAGUCGGAAUCGAAGCUCUGGGGAGCAUCGCAAACAUAAGAGCCAAGUGCUCAGCGAGCGAAUCAACUGAUACACCCGAAGAUAUUGAGACACGAUUGUUUCAGGAUUUCCGAGGUAUCAUCAAGACAUGGGAUGAUGAAAAAUCUCGUCUGAUGCAACAGAAGGAUGAACUGUCUCCCUUGAAGAAGGAUAUCCACGGAACAAGCAAAAGUGGUCUGGCUGUGUUCCUUGAACACUCACGCAAGGGUGCCCGGAAACCGGUUGUUGCGGAAGAUCUUCCCGCUGGAGAGCAUCUAUAUGACUUCUCUGAUUCCAUAAACAGCCAAUGGCGACACCCUCAUGACACCUCUUUUCAAUGGCUCAAGUGCCUUCUGAUGCCAAAUUUUGGCCGAGAAACUUCAGACUGGUCAAUUGCACAGUCGUCAUACAGGCGUUUUCUGUGGCCUAAAGAACUGAAGAGCACUUUGGUAGAUCUACUGCUGCGCGAGGAUGAAUUCAUCUACAAGAGGACUGCUGAAAUGAUCGCCGAACUCGAAAGCCGAAUGCUCGACGCAAGCAGUGAUUCUCCCUUUGAAUACAAGGCCAGCGACUUCUUCGAGCUUGAGAUGAUACAAUCUAUUUACGAACUUCAUCUGGAUAUAUUUGCUUCAAUUGAGACUCUUGAAAACAAGACGAUGCUUACAAGACUCUCACAAAGCGACAGACUGAGUCGCUGGGGCAUGCUAGCUCGAACAUCUGUGGAUCAUUUUGUCGAGAACGGACCGUCUGGUGAUUGUCAAAAAGACAUUACUCUCCGCCAUCUGUGGACAUCUGCAUUCCAUAUAAACCUUGCCGGAGAGGCAGAACGGGAGCAUAUCUUGCUCUGCCUCCAAGACCUGAAGCAAAUCCUCCAGAACCUUGGCAAUCCAGAAACCAGCCUCAUAAAUAAUUCCACCAUGUCUGAACUGUCUGCGGCUGUGAUAGAUCAAGAGGUGCUGAAACUUAAGUGCAUGGACUUCUUUGCCAAGGUCUUUAACUCGGACUCGGAAGAUCCUGUGUCUCUCAUUGAGGCGAUUGAGCCCAUUCUUGAGCCCUCGUCGAUUGAGUACGCGGAAGCACCAUCAGAGAACGAUAUGAAUCAUCCUACAUCACACCUGAGCGAAAUGGCUGCUUUCCUGGAUCGCGGAGAUGCUACAUUGCGCCUGUUUUUGUGGCGACGGCUCCUGGAGGCAUACCAAGCGAUCGACUACGCACCUAAAGUUGUCUCUUGCUAUCUGCGAAGCAUCGAAGUGGUGAUGACAGAACUUGAGGCCACGAAACACAACGAAGAAACAAAUCGACAGCGUCAAGUGUCUUUGCUCGGCUGGCUCAAGGCUCUGGAUGGCAUCGUGGCGAAGGCUAUACCACUUGUUCUUGAAGAGUCAGAAACGGCCUAUGAAUGUUUUGACCAAGAGCAUCUCCAAGCAUCCAUGUCUGCAGUAUCCCGUCUUGCUAGACUCUUGCACAGCUUCGUCCUAUAUGAGGAUUCGGUGCGAGUCGGUCAAACUUCUGGCCGUGACCUACGAGCAUCAUUAACAAAAUCGCUUGAAAAUUUCAAGGAUAGGAUGCGAGAGCUGUACGUUCGUUGCUGGAUCCUACAGUAUACUCUUUUCCUGGAGGCAAUCACUCAGAAUAAAGAGCUUUUCGACGAUGCGCUUGAAGAUCGUAUUCACUUCCUUCGUUCCGUCCACAACGCAUUGGGUGUCCGAUCAAUGUGCCGAUACUCCCAGAAGAAAUUCUUGAAACUUGUCAAGGCAGAGCUAUUUGGUCUCGAGACGAAGGGAGACUAUGAGUUUGACGUGUGCCAAAUUCUUUACGAUCUACACGGCAUCAAGUUUUCUCCAUUCGAUGGAACGAUGGACCAUGGGUGUCCUCCAGAGAAGCUGGAUCGCCCUACAGCUAUAAUGAUGAUUGACUUCGUUUUACAACAAGCAAACAAGAUGAACAUGAAGGACUUGUCAAAGUCUGAACUGAAGACAACGAUCGAAAAGAUGCAGACAGCAAUUGGUAUCGCCAAGGCUACGUCGUCGCAGACACCACAGCUAAUUUUCAACCGUCGUAUUAUCAAUGCCUACCUGAAAGCCGCACUCAACCCGACUAAUAUUCUCCGAGCUGUCCAAGGUAUUACAGAGCUUUCGACAACAGUUGUUCUAACAGAGAACGCAAAGAUCGCUGCUAAAGGAUGGUUCUUCCUUCUUGGGCAUGCUGCCUUGACCAAGUUCCGUUCUCAAAAGCGUCUCAGCCCUGGUUCAACGAGUGAGCUUGAUGAUGCCAUCAGCUUCUUCAGGCAGGACCUGGAACAUGGGACCGGAAGGUGGGAAUCCUGGUUCAGACUAGCCCAGGCUUUCGACUCCAAGUUGGAUGAAGAUAUAACGUGGACCGCGGAUAAAAUCAACAACAACCGCGCGGAUCUAGCGACACUCCAGCGAAAUGCCAUUCAUUGCUAUGCAAUGGCCGUUUCGACGGCAAUCAGAACUGCAGAGCCAACAGCAGAGACAAGAGCCCUGAUGUCGGACCUUUACUCUGACUUUGGUAUCCGUCUAUACUCGUCUUCUCGCGAGCCGUUGUCCAUGGGUGCAUUCAGCGUGGAAGGCUUCCCUCGACAUUUCAGCAGCGAAGAGAGCCAGCAAAUGUACAAGGGGCAACCGUUCAAAGAAAUGUCGGAAUACUCGGUGUGGAACUUUGCUAGCAACCUUCUCAAACGCGCAGCCGUUGAUAAGUCAAAACGAUGGAAGACCCAUUACACACUUGGCAAGUGUCUUUGGAAGAUGUAUAAUAGCGACGAUUCACUAAGGACGAGUCCAAAACGGGUUGAGAUACAAGAGGUGCUGGACGCUCUUUUCGAUGCCAUCAAUGCACUCCCACAACGAAGAGAUUCACGUUCUGACCCAAUCUUUGAACCGCACUUCAAACUCUUUUCUUUUGUGCACAAGCUUGUUCUUAGAGGAAAGAUGACACCUGCCGAAGGAAGCAAAGCCUUACUCGCAACUCCUUGGGCCAAAAAGGUCGAUGUUCCCGAAAAUAUGGAUGCAUGGAACUCAUACAUGAUGGAGGUUCUUCGAAAGUUCAAAAGUGCUGAUAAGUCUAACUGGCAUCAUCGGAUGGGCGUGAAGGCUGCCCAUUUGGUUUAUGAUGGUCAACCCAACCCAGCUGCUGCGAUUGCUGCCAGGCAGGAACUAUCUCAGAUCUUCACCAAAACACUCACCAUCCAGGUCUGGCGCCCUGAGUUUGAACGCCCGGGUAGACACUUCGUCUACACCACUCGAUAUGUGUACUUUUUCGUCAGUCUGCUUGAUCAAUUAGACGAUCGCGCGAGCCUAGAUCAAUUAUUGCGUCGCGUGAGAAAGAAGCAGGGCGAUUUCCUCAACCACACCAAGCUCUGGGAGGACAGUUGCCUGAACUAUGCCAAACUCAUCCGCCGCGCAGCAAAUAUCAACGAAGGACACGAAGACGGCGUAUUCAAACCAAUCGGCUGGGAAGAAUUUUCUACAAAAACAGCUCGCCUGGAAAGCCUCCCCCAAUUAUCACCAGACAGCCAGCCCCUUCUGGAACUACUCCGUGACGCCCUAGAACUAAAAAAACUAAACAACAACCUGAUGAAAAUCACCAUGUUCGAGGAUCUAAUCGCAGACCUCUACGCCCGAGUCUACGAAGUCAACAUGCCCCACCUAAUCGAGCAAGUCAACGACGACAACAAAGAAAAAAUGAAUCUCACCCACCUACUCAUGACUGGCGAAACUCCUGCAGAGACUUCUGCACCGCCUACCCCCUCCCUGCAUCUGAUGCCCCCGCCCCGCGCGGCCCUUGCUCCUCGUGCUCCUGCGAGUAAAUUGAUUGCUGCGGGUGAGACUGAUCCACCGUCUACGCCGCAUGGUGCGUCUUUGCCUGGCGCUGCGUCGACUCCCGCUAUUCGUGGUCCGGGAAAACAAGCUUCUGCGAGUGGGGGUGGAACUACUGGGCCGAAGGACCAGCAUGAUAGUGCUGAUGAGAGUGACGUUGGCGACGGCGAUGAUGCGACGAUGCUUGAUGAGGGCAAUUCGACCCUUUUCCCUGCUGUUACUGAUGCGGAAGAAGGUGGGAGUGUGGAUGAGGGCGCGGAGGAGGGCGAUGGGGAAGAUAACGAGGAUGAGGCUGAAGAUGGUGAUGGUGAUGGUGAUCCUGCCGCUACUGAAGGAGAGGGUGACGGCGAUGAAGACGAGGAGAUGCAGGAUGAGGAGACCAAAGAUAAUGUUGUUGCUGAGCAGUCUGCUAAUGAGACAGAGAUUGAGCGUUUUGCUGGCAAGGAUGCUGCGUCUCAGGAUGAUCUCGAUGCAAUGGACAUUGUGUUGAUCUAG